UUGUAAGAUUUGGAGGCAGAAAGAGAACACUCAUUCAUUAUGGAGGCAAUGCUUUAAUUUGCAGGUUGUAAGGUUUUCUGGGAUUAAGUACUCAAAAAAGUUUGAGAUUUCUGAGAAUGAAUAUGAAACAUUUGGAAAUAAACUGGUGGGGUGUUUUGUUGAGCCUCUCAAGACUCUUUUCCAGGGCAAAAACUCAACAUGGCUGCAGAUUCUGAAGAGUGUGGAUGGGUACAUUAUGCCUGGAUCAAUGACCCUCCUCCUCGGUCCACCAGGGAGUGGAAAGAGCACUCUUCUUGAAGUUUUAGCAGGGACAGCGAAAGUAACUAAGAGCUCUAUCUUGGAUGGAACAGUCAAGUACAAUGACAAGUAUGCCUCAGAAAUUCAUCUUAGUAGACUCAUUGCAUACAGCAGUGGCCAACUUAACAAACACAUACCGUUUCUAUCAGUUCGCGAGACACUUGAGUUUGCAAGGGACUGUACUCAGGGUCUUGGGCCAGAGAACUUCACGCCUCAGAUGAGAAAAUUUUUUGCUCAUGCACUUGUGGAGGGACAAGAUCCAUUUCUGGAGUAUGUGCUAGAAAUUUUGAGCUUGAAAGAGAUAGAAAACAAACUUGCUGGAGAAGAAAUCUCAGACAUCGAUCGCCAGAAGCUCACAACAGCUGAAUUAGCACUUGGAACGUAUUCUGUCAUGCUUUAUGAUCAACCCUUUUCUGGGUCAGAUUUAGUAGCUACAUAUGACCUAGUUGAUACCAUAAGAGCCAUCAGCAGAAUUCAGCAAUCUUCUGCAAUAAUGUCAUUGACCCAACUCUCAGAGGAGGUGUUCAAUCUUUUUGAUAGGAUCAUAUUACUUAGCAAUGGUCACAUCAUGUACCAAGGGCCUCGCCAAGAUGCCAUUCCCUACUUUGCUAAACUCGGGUAUGUCAAGCCUUCAUAUGUGGAGUCCCAUGAGUUUAUUGAAGAUAUCGUGGUUGGAGCUGGUUCCCAAUAUUGUGCACUAGGAGCAAUACCCUUGACCCUAGAUGAACUAGUAGAGUGUUAUAGAGUUUCAGAUCACUACAAAGAUGUAAUGAGAAUUAUUAAUGGAGAUGAUAUGAAGCAUACCUAUUGGGUAGAAAGUGAGCCUGGGCUUGGAUUGUCCCUAAAAACGCCAUCCAAGUACCACAGCUCAGUUGAUGCUCGGCCGAGAAGAGAUACAGAAUUGGUGGUUGCCAAGGUUUCUACCAAAAUAGGGAACUCUGGGGGAAUAGAGAGCACAGGAAGGGUUCAAAUCGGAGAUGUUGUCACAGCAAUAUCUAUGAACAAUGAAGAAAUGCAGUACCUUUCUGUUGGACCUCGAAAGACCAAGCGUGAACGUGCUGCACAUGUAUACUCAAUGUUGAAGCAAGAACAAGGUCACAUUCAUCUCCAGGUCGAGCGCUACACAGAAGAGGAAGAUGAGUACCACACUCAAUGGGAGCAGUUCCAAAAGCCCUUUGUUCAGACUUGGCGGAAAUCUACAAAGACUCUUAUCACAAGACAAAUCAAGAUCACCAAGAGACUUCAUGCUUUAAUCAAAUUAAGACUAUUCCAGGUCAAAUUUUACCACAUUCUCCAUAGUAUCCCUGAUAAUGUAGAUCACUAGACUCAUCUA